AUGAUGAUGCAACGUUUGUAUGAGAGAUUGAAGGUCUUUGUUAAUGACAGAUGGCUGGUUUUUGUGUGUGCAAUGUGGGUUCAGUCGUGUGCUGGGAUUGGAUACUUGUUUGGGAGUAUAUCACCAGUGAUCAAGAGCACCAUGGGUUACAACCAGAGGCAGGUAGCUAUGCUAGGCGUGGCUAAGGACUUGGGUGAUAGCAUUGGACUUGUGGCUGGGAGUUUAUGUGAGGUUUUGCCUUUUUGGGCUGUUAGUUUUAUUGGAGCCGUGCAGAACUUUGUUGGGUAUGGCUUGGUUUGGCUUAUUGUUACACAGAAAUUGCCUGCUUUGCCUCUCUGGGUGCUUUGUGUUGCUAUAUUUGUAGGUACAAAUGGUGAGACAUACUUCAAUACAGUAGCUCUAGUGUCAUGUGUGCAGAACUUCCCUAAAAAUCGUGGCCCUGUUGUUGGGAUACUGAAGGGAUUUGCUGGGUUGAGUGGUGCAAUUCUGACUCAGAUUUAUGCUAUUAUCAAUUCCCCUGAUGAAGCAUCGCUGCUUUUCAUGAUUGCAGUUGGGCCAUCCAUGGUUGUAAUUGCUAUAAUGUUCAUUGUAAGACCUGUAAGAGGUCACAGACAAGCUAGGUCAACGGAUAAUUCAUGCUUCUUAUUUACCUACAGUGUUUGCCUCGUUCUAGCAGCUUAUUUAUUGGGAGUCUUGAUACUUGAGGAUGUAGUUAAUCUGAAUCAAACUUUGCUCACAGUACUUGCGGCAGUUCUGAUCAUUCUACUAUUGCUUCCUAUUAUAAUACCUGUUAUAUUGGCUUUCUACUCGGAACCAAGACAUCCGGUGGAUGAGAACCUUCUUCCUGAGACAGAUAAACAAGUGUCCAGUAAUUCUGAGCUGCAAAUAGGUGGAAGUUUCAUUCUAAGUGAGGCUGAAGAUGAGAAGCCGGCAGAAGUGGAAUCACUUCAAUCAACAGAAAGACAUAGACGAAUUGCACAUUUGCAAGCUAAACUUUUUCAAGCAGCUGCAGAAGGAGCAGUGAGGGUCAAGAGAAGGAAAGGCCCACGUCGAGGAGAGGAUUUCACAUUAAUGCAGGCAUUAAUAAAGGCAGAUUUUUUGCUUAUGUUUUUCUCCCUAGUACUGGCUUCUGGUUCUGGUUUGACGGUUAUUGAUAAUCUGGGGCAAAUGUGUCAAUCUCUGGGUUAUGAUCAUACAAGUAUAUUCGUUUCCAUGAUUAGCAUUUGGAACUUUCUUGGUCGUGUUGGCGGUGGUUACUUCUCAGAAGCUAUCAUUAGAAAAUAUGCCUACCCAAGACCAGUGGCCAUGGCUGUGGUUCAGGUUGUCAUGGCAAUUGCACUCUUGUACUAUGCUAUGGGCUGGCCUGGAGAAAUUUAUGUUGUAAGCAUUUUUAUAGGACUUGGAUAUGGUGCUCAUUGGGCCAUUGUGCCUGCCUCAGCUUCUGAGCUUUUUGGCUUGAAGAGUUUUGGUGCGCUGUAUAAUUUUCUUACACUUUCAAGCCCGGCUGGUUCUCUUAUAUUCUCUGGUGUGAUUGCCAGUGGUAUAUAUGAUCACUAUGCAAGGAAACAAGCUGGCCUCCAGCAUGUAGAUUCUGGAUCAUUUCUUGCAAAACAUCUCCAGGAGGAGAAAUCACUUACUUGUCUGGGCCUCGAAUGUUAUUCUCUUACUUGUGGGCUCAUGUCAGGUCUUUGCCUUAUUGCAAUGAUCUUGAGUUUGAUCGUGGUUCAUCGGACUAAGGGUGUGUAUGCUCAGCUUUAUGGAAAUAAUCUUGUUUGA